GUGCAUGUAUUUGGUCAAAGGCGUUAAUUUGGGCAUUUGUGAGAGUCAAUUGACACCGUAAACAUAAGAAUAGCGGGGAUCAAAAAGUGACGACUAGCUUGACGCCGGUGAGUCUCAGAGGCUGCAUCUGGUAUGACUUUAUUUGUGUGCACACCGCUCACUUUCCCUGCAUAACAAAUCAGUCGAACACAACAAAAAAAGAAGCUUUAAGGCAGCAGACUUUAAGGCAGUAUAACUUCGAACUAAGGAACUAUUUUCGGAACCAGCAGAGGAUGGACAAUCAAGUGUUCGAAUCCACGGCUGAACGCACGUUUCAGUUUCAGAAUACCCUGCCUCCGCUCCCUGUGCCUUCGCUGGAGGGAUCGCUAACCAAAUACCUGGACGCAGUGAGACCUUUCACAACUGAAGAAGAGUUCCAGAAAACUGCAGCCAUAGUGAAGCGGUUUGGUGAGGGUGUUGGUCGCGAACUACAUCAGAGACUGCUUCAAAGAGCCAAGAGUCGGCGGAACUGGCUGGAAGACUGGUGGCUGAACUCGGCGUACCUGGAGCUACGCAUGCCCUCCCAGCUCCAUGUGAACUUCGGGGGUCCGGCGCCCUACCUGGAGCACUGCUGGCCCCCCUGUGAGGGUACUCAGCUGGAGCGCUCCAGCAUCAGUCUCUGGCACAACCUGCAGUACUGGGACCUUAUUCGCACAGAAAGGCUAGCUAUCCACAAGUCGGGCAGCACGGCCUUCGACAUGGAUCAGUUCCGCAUGCUCUUCAAUACAUGCAAGGUGCCGGGCAUCACCAAGGAUACGAUUGUCAACUACUUCCGAACAGAGAGUGAGGGUCCAUGCCCUUCACAUUUAGUGGUGAUGUGUCGCGGGAGGUUUUUCACUUUUGAUGUUCUGUGCGAUGGUCAUAUCCUCACCCCACCCGAACUCCUGAGGCAGCUCACCCACAUAAAGCAGAGCUGUGAGGGAGGGCCGGCCGGGGAGGGCGUGUCCGCUCUCACCACGGAGGAGAGGACCCGCUGGGCCAAGACAAGAGAGCACCUGAUAUCAUUGGAUCCAGCCAAUGAGAGUAUCCUGGAGGUCAUUCAGAGCAGUAUGUUCAUCGUUUCCCUGGACGACUCCAAGCCUUAUGCUACACGUGACGACUAUUCACCGAUCACAGUGCAGGCUCUGAUUGGUGACCCCACCAUCCGCUGGGGUGAUAAAUCCUACAAUUACCUCUGCUUUGCUGACGGCACCUUCGGAUCCAACUGUGAUCAUGCCCCCUAUGACGCCAUGAUCCUCAUCUCCCUCUGCUUCUACACGGACCAGAAGCUGAAGGCCUCUAACGGCAAAUGGAAGGGUUCAGAGGUCGUCCGAGAGCUGCCGCUCCCUGAGGAGCUGGUGUUCACCGUAGAUGACCGCAUCAGACAAGACAUCCGCCUCGCCAAGGAGCAGUACUACAACACAACUCAGGAUCUGCAAGCUGUGACCUACGCAUUCACCUCAUUUGGCAAAGCAGCCAUCAAGAAGAGGAAACUCCACCCAGACACGUUUGUCCAGCUGGCCCUGCAGCUCGCCUACUACAGACUCCACCACAAGGUGGGGUGUUGCUAUGAGACAGCCACCACGCGGAGGUUCUAUCACGGCCGCACAGAGACCAUGAGGCCCAGCACCACGGAGGCGCAGAGCUGGUGUCGGAUCAUGCUGGACCCUACAGCAAAUGCAGAGGCAAAGAGAGGAGCACUGCAGAAAGCAGCUAACAAACACAACAAGCUCAUGGCAGAGGCCCAGAAUGGGAAGGGUUUUGACAGACACCUGAUGGGCCUGGGUCUGAUCGCCAAGGAGGAGGGACUUCCUGUCCCAGAGUUGUUCAAUGAUCCUGUGUUCGCCAGGAGUGGCGGAGGUGGAAACUUUGUUCUCUCUACCAGUCUGGUGGGUUACACCACAGUGCUCGGGGCUGUGGCCCCCAUGGUGCCCCACGGCUAUGGAUGUUUCUAUCAAAUCCGUGACGACAGGAUUGUGGCGUCGUGCACCGCCUGGAAGUCCUGCGCGGAGACGAACGCAGAGACUCUCUUCCACAGCCUCUCCACCUGCCUGCACGAGAUGCUGCAGCUCAGCACCCCAUCUCAGCUCUAGAGUGCCAACAGCGCUGGAGGUAUUCUGCUCCGUACGCAGGUUACACCAGUCAGCCGUCACGUGUCUUCCCCACACAGCUUUUUACACACGGACAUUGUGACAUACAUUUCAUACCACACAAUUAUAACCAUAUAGGCUACAUAGCAUCACUUUGGUGCUUACAACAGCAGACUAUAGCCGAAAUACAGAGAGGAACUUGACGGCAAGUUCUUCUGUUUUGAACCGUCUCUGCACCGAUUCUGGCACAAUGCAAUGUCCACCAAAACUAAUCUGUAAUCUCUUCCCAAGUGCUGCUUAUUUGAUCCACUACUCUAUAUGCAGCAGGUAAACCCUGCAAGCUCUUAUCUGGGUCUUCCUGUGGUUACAUGCAGUGCAGUGGCACCUUCUUGAUCAUUUCAGUGUAUGCACACAUCAAUGCAAUGCGCAAGCAACAGACACACAACUGACUACUUACUACUAACUCAACUAAAGGACGAUGCAUUCGUCGAUGUUAUAUUCACGUUCUGUUUCUUUUGCACUAAACAACUGUUCUUCAAUUGUUUUUUUUCCUUCCAAAGAAUGAUUUAUUUUUUUCGUAGAUAUUUUGUACAAUUGCUUUGAUUUUUAAUGUAACGGUAUUUACACCUAAAAGUAUUAAUUGAGCUAAUCUAGCCUUUCCAGCACUUGAAUGAAAAUGAAUGUUAAGGGCUAUAUCUGAAAAUUUCAGCAAAUCUUUUUCUCAGUUUUCCCCCCCGGACAUUAGCCACUUUGCAAUGUAAUGCAAACCUGAAUGGCAUUAUAAGAAGUACUGAAUGAUCUGACCAGUCCACAUAAAGUAUACUCCAUUGAUAAAGUCUAGCAACCUAGACGUGUACUAUAUUUGAAGAUGAAGGCUGGAUGGUCUGUAGCAGGGUUUUGCAAAAGCAGGCAGUGUUAGGAAUUGUGUCAACGUUAAUGAAUAAAUAAAUAAAUAACAAUAUUGUAGGAAAAGAAUAUGCAUUUUAAUUAUUAUCUCAGUGAGUGUGGAUGUAAUGUUUAUGUGAGAUUUUAUGUUUUGAUUUCAGAUCUACAGGACCUGACCUGUAAAUAAUGACAUGUAUGUAUAGCAAUGAAAGGUAGUUGAUAGGAACCCGUGACCUUGGUGUAUAUAAUUCCAGUUGUAGUGAAUGCUGUGCUUGAAUGGUUGAUAAUGCACAGAGUUUUAAUAAACAAAUAAAUUCGUC